AACGUGACAAUUUAUCGAAACAAGUGAGUACUGUCCACGUUUUUUUUUACCAAAUAUACAAAUUUGUGUUUAGUAUUUGCAGUAAAACAAUCGUAACUUGUACUUUUUUAAACACUUAUUUUUAGUAUCCCUUAAAUGCCUUGGUGCAGCCGAGGGUGGGAAAAGUCCUAUCUCCUCGAAACGCACUCACAUGGCCACGCGUAUACAGUCACUGCUAGGGAAAUCCUACUCACUGCCUUCUCGUGGCAGGGUUGUUGCUUAACGAAAUUGAGAGGACGAGAAGUGAAUGUGCUGUGCUCUAACCGAGUUGGUUUAUAUGGAGGGUCUAGGUAGGGGAGUUGGGAAACCCUGAUUCCAAACCAAUGGUUUGGAUGAGCCUCAGGAUCUUGAGGGAAUGGAUUGCGCAUGAACGUAUUGUUGGUCAACGGCUACCAUGAGACUGCAUCUCCUAACGUUUCUCCACCAACUUGUUGAUUAGAUCUUUAAGUGAAAAGCUUGAUUAGUGGUCCUCCCAGAAAAAGACGUACUUCGGUUUUGUCUCCUGAGCAAUAUUCCAGCCCUCACACAAAUCGAAUGAUGAGGUGUGGCGGAUAUAUAUAUGUAUUUAAUGCUUCCUUAUACCGGUGUUUGUUUAAAUAAAAAUAAAUAAUACGCGUGUUAUCCCUCAUUGAGAGGCAUAGACCUCCCAUCAGUAUUCUCCAUCCAACACUGUCCUGGGCAAUCCUUUUGAAUUGUUUCCAAGUGCCGUUCUUUCUUUUCAUGUCUCCUUCGAAUAAUCGACUCUGUAUGUUCUUUGGUUUUUCUCUCCUCCGUUUUCCUUGAAGAUUCCAACUUAGUGCUUGCUUCGUGAUGCAGUUUGAUGAUUUGCGUAAUAUAUUUCCCACCCACCACUUCCAACGUCUUUUCCUAAUUCCGUCGUCAGUUCGAAGCUGGUUUGUUUUCUCACAGUAGGUUGUUGCUGAUGGUAUGAGUUCAACAGACAUUCGGUAUCUUUUUUAACUGUAGGAAUACUGUCCUUGCUUUGUCAAUCCUCGCCUUUACGUUUACAUGGCAUUUUAGAUCACAGCAUCGUUGUCUAAUCAAAGAAAGUAAAUAUUAACUAGUGUGAGAACUUUAGAGGUAUCAAUCUGUCAGCACCAGGAAAAGUUUUCAACGAUUUUGAAGCGGAUGGAAGAUUCAGUAGAUGCUUAACUUGGAUUCUGUAUGGAUUAGGUUUGUACAGACCGAAUCUCGACUUUGCUUAUCACUGUUGAACAAUCACGGAUAGAAUUCGUCACUGUACAUCAACCUCCUUGAUCAUGAGCAAGCAUUCUUUGACACUAUUGUUUACCCUAGGGGAUCAUCAACAUCAUCCUGAAUUCAUACGACGGAGUACACUGCAAAUUCGUGCAUGGAGGACAGCUGACAUUCAUUACAAGUGAGGACUCGAGUCAGACGAGACUACUUAAUUCUCCCCUUUAUCUUUCUUCUGGUGGUUGGUUAGGUUAUGAAGACCUCGAUUUCCGAGGGGAAAUACGGAAUACACUGGAUAGCGUGGAUGUAACUAGAUGAUUCGGACUUUGCAGAUGACGUAGUUCUUCUAUUCAAUACGUAGCAACAAAUGAAGGUGAAGAUAGCCAGUGUAGCAGCAGCCUGUUUGCAACUAAUUCGUGAUACACACACAUGCACAAUUGAUUCAAGCAACUCUCGUCAAAUUCCAUGUUGUGAUAAACAUUUGAAAAUACUGUCUAUUAAACACAGUCAUUUCUGUAUUUUUAUCAAUCCAACUGAAGAAAGAGAGCUGACAGGAGAUACAGAACAGACAACUUCAUCAAAACAAAUACAAACUGAUGAAUUCGAACAUUUAUACGAUCAUUUUGUCAAUGGUACAUUAUUGUUAUUUAGUAAUCAAUCAUUUGAAAUGAAUCAAACUACAGAUUGUAAACAAUUACUUGGACUUCAUAAUUUAUUUAGUGAAUUAGUAGAAACAAAGCAAUCGAAAUCAUCACCAUUUUCUAUUGCACGUAACAUUAGCAUAUGGUUAAGUCAUCAACAUUUAAUCAUUUUUGGAUUUAUUCCUUAUACUGUUACUAUUAUAUUUAAUGUCUUAUUAAUUCAUUACUUGAGAUCAUUACCAUGGUUUCAUCCAAAACAAAAAUGUGGUAAUAAAGUAUGUUUUAAAAAGAAUACAAAAUAUAAUCCAAAAAUAUUAAUGAGUUUAAACAAAUGUUGUAUGUCCAUGUUUCAACGAUCUGGCAAAUGUAAAUCUAAAAAAGAAGAAAAAAUAAAAUCAUAUGAUCAUCAAAUUAAUAUUGAGCAAUCAUUAAUUCCAUGUAAAUGUAUAUUACAUUCAGAGAAUAAUCCAGUUAUUAUUGGUACAACAUGUUCACAUUCAUUAAAUAAACGUAAACAAAUUCAUAAAUUUGUUAAAAUGUUUGAUAACAAUAAUCAUAAUCAGAAUAUAAUUACUAUGUAUUGUCCAAUAUCUAAUCAUCAUGUGAUAUCAUCAUGUAUUGGACCGCAUACAUGGGAUGGUACAUUAAACAAUUAUAAUGAUAAUAACAAUAAUAAUAAUAAAAUGAAAUUAAAACAUUUUCAAUCUUCAACUCUAAAUGAAACACCUUCAAAUAAUUCAAGGUAUUCAUCUUGUGUUUCAAUAAAAUUGGAUAAUUCACAAAUUCGUCUAUGUUCUCAGCAUUUUGAUGAUGAUGAUGAUAAUGUUGAUAAUGAUGGAUGUCGAAAUCGUGAUGAAAAUAUUAAUAGUGUGCAUUAUUAUUCACAAUCCAAAAAUGGUUGUAAUUCAUUGUCUAAUAGACAAAAUACUGAUAUACAUAUUUUACUACAUAAAUACAGAUCAAAUUCAGUUAAAACAGGAUGGUUUGUUGGUCAAAGACGUACAACUAUUUUAUUAUUAGUUGUAACAUUUACUUUUGUAGGAUUAACAUUGCCAUAUUUAAUUUACGUUGAAUUAAAACAAUUCAACGUAGUAGAUCUUACAAAAGCUGAAAAUUAUCGUCCUGAACAUAUGGUGGAAGAAUUAUGUCGUUUUUUAUUCUUUAUUAAUAAUGGUUUAACAUUUUUUAUUUAUAUGACUGGACGUCAAUUUCGUAAAGGAUUUUAUCGACUUAUUCAUCGUUUUAAAUAUUAUUUACGUUCAUCAAUGUGUCCAAAUGUUGAAAGAGAAAAUAAAUGGUAUUCACAUCCACCAAAUAAAAAUCAUACAUUUAAAUUAAUAAAACCAAGUAAACAUUAUACUUUUCAUCGACAUUCUGAUCAACAUUAUUAUCAUUCAUAUCAAAUGAAAACUAUACAACAACAACAACAACCGCCUGAACACUAACACUGACAACAAUAGUAAUGUCUACCAAAUAACAAGAUUAUUUAGCAUAAUCAUUUAGAAAAAAUUCAUAGUGAAUAUAAUCCUCGAAAAUCCAUUUUGAUAACGCAAUAAAACUCCAUAAUCCAAAUAAAAAGUGAUAUUUAAACAGCUGGAAGAACGAACUUAGUGAAAUAAUCUGAAAUUUCAAAGAAUUCGACCGCAUUUAUUAUCAAUAUUCUUAUUUUUACGCAUUUAAGAAUAUCGAUAAAAUGAUAAUAAACCUUGGAAUCCAAUCAAAAGAAUAUUUCUGGUUUAAAUGAAAUGAUAACAUUGUCUUUUAAAUAACAAAUGUAAUCUGUGUAGUCUUUUUCAGUAUAACAAUUUCAAAGAAUCCUUUUUUUCUAAAAAAAAAAAAGAAGUACUGAGACAAGUUAUUCUGGGUUAUAGAAUAAUAGUGUUCUUAGAAUUGUGAUUCUGUGAGUUGGUUGGCUUUAUUGUGGUCCUUUCAUUUUCGUUAUAGACAACAUCCUCUACACCUAAUCCAAGUAAAAAAAAUGAGCAUCGUAAUUAUUUCAAAAACGUAUCAUGCUUAUAUUUUCGAUUAGUUUUGCUUACAACUACAAAUUCUCAUUAUUUCAAGUGAUUUGUGUGUUUUCUUAUCGAUCAAAGUGAUUCCAUUGGAUAAACAUAUCUUUCUAAUAUAUAAACUUUCUAAUUAUUGACACGAGGAAUAUACAGUGUUUUAAAGUGAUCGAACUUUGCCCACUGUAAACAACCUGGUUUAAAAGAUGAAAUAAAUAAAUGUAAAC